UUUCAUUUGCAGCAGGGAGAGACGCGGACGGGAUAGAUUACCGCGACCCGGAACUUCCGAACAGUCAAAUUCCAAAAAGAUUUGGACCCGCUGGCAUGAAUUAAACUAAUCGGAAUUGUUCGUUUUUAAGCGUCCGCGUGCAUGGUCGACUUUAUCGGUCGUUUAUUACUUACUUUAUAUCCUAAAUAACUGUUGCAAGACAAGUCAACUAUCGUGAAUCACAGACGAGCCAGGGAAAGCAGAAGUCUCUAACCUCACCUCGCCUCGGGGGCUCAUUCUGCAGGCAUGUCGCAGAAAGAAAGACCCACGUUCUAUCGACAGGAGGUCAACAAGACGAUCUGGGAGGUCCCUGUACGCUAUCAGAACCUGUCUCCCGUCGGCUCGGGUGCAUACGGAACUGUUUGCUCCGCAUAUGAUGAAAAGACAGGGUUGAAGGUGGCUGUGAAGAAGCUGUCAAGGCCGUUUCAGUCCAUCAUCCAUGCCAAACGGACCUACCGGGAAUUACGGCUACUCAAACACAUGAAACAUGAGAAUGUGAUCGGCCUGCUGGAUGUUUUUACACCUUCCACCAGCCUGGAGGAGUUCAAUGAUGUGUACCUGGUGACUCAUCUAAUGGGCGCUGACCUAAAUAAUAUAGUGAAGUGUCAGAAGCUGACCGACGAUCAUGUUCAGUUCCUUAUUUACCAGAUCCUGCGGGGACUGAAGUACAUCCAUUCGGCAGACAUAAUUCACAGGGACUUGAAACCCAGUAAUCUGGCAGUAAAUGAAGACUGUGAACUUAAGAUCCUUGACUUUGGUUUGGCUCGACACACAGAUGAUGAGAUGACGGGGUAUGUGGCCACAAGGUGGUACCGUGCCCCAGAGAUCAUGCUCAACUGGAUGCACUAUAACAUGACAGUGGACAUUUGGUCAGUGGGCUGCAUAAUGGCUGAGCUGUUGACGGGCAGGACUUUGUUUCCUGGAACAGAUCACAUCGAUCAGUUGAAACUCAUUAUGCAUCUUGUUGGAACUCCAGGACCUGAGCUGUUAAUGAAAAUAUCGUCGGACUCUGCUCGUACUUACAUCAACUCACUGGCUCAGAUGCCCAAGAUGAAUUUUGCUGACGUGUUUGUAGGGGCUAAUCCACUAGCUGUGGAUCUUCUGGAGAAGAUGCUGGUUUUGGAUACAGAUAAGCGCAUCACAGCAGCGGAGGCUCUGGCGCACCCGUACUUUGCCCAGUACCACGACCCGGAUGAUGAACCUGAGGCCGAGCCUUUCGAUCAGAGCUUUGAGAGCCGCGAGCUUGAUAUCGAAGAGUGGAAACGUCAGACUUACGAGGAAGUGAUAAGUUUUGAGCCGCCAGUCUUUGAUGGAGAUGAAAUGGAAUCUUGACCUUUUCCUCUGGAUAGCAAUUUUUACUACUUUUACAGUAAUGCUGUCAUUUUGCAGUAUUUUUCUGUCAGUCAGUAUGAUUUGUCUUCAUUUUUUCCUUUUAAUUUUUAAAUGUUGUCUACUGAGUUUGCAGGGCCAAACAGAAAGAACAGAUGUUGUGGAAAAUCUUGCUAUUACACAGGGAAUCUAUCCAGUGAGUCAAGAGUGUCGAACCACUAAUUGUCUUUGUUCCCUUCUCGUAUAUUUGCUUUGGUCAGUUUUAUAAUGUUCAUUUAAGACAUUCAUGAAAGUCCACCUGUACAUGUAAUAUCGCCCUUAACUUAGUAUUUAGUUGUGUUAUGAUAUUAUUUUAGCGAACAAUGUAUCACAUUUGCAGUAUAUGGAGUUUUUUUUUGUUUUUUGUUAGUACAUUUAAAAUGCUCAAAAACCAUUAUCUUUGUUUACUUUCUGGUAAUAUAAUUUUCAAAUCAAAUAGAGCAUUGUACAGUUGUGCUUAAAAUUUUGCAUACCCUGCCAGAAAUUGUGAAAUUUUAGCAUUUAUUUUGAAAAUGACUGAUCAUGCAAAAAAAAAACCUUUUAU